AUGCAAAACCAAGCAGCAGCUGCCCCCGGGCCCCCGGACAUCGAACUUGGAGUUCCUCGAGAUGGGUAUCCGGCGCUUGCAGCUUGGAUAGCACGUGAUCCGGACAACGAGUCGUACAUCUUUCGCAAAUUCGACCGGCUGAGUGCUCGCAAUCUUCUCAACCUUCAGAGCCAGUUGACUGGUAUAGAGGAGAAGCUGGAUCAGUUUGACGAAGAGACGAGGCGAAGUCGCGACUUUGAUUUGAAGCAGUCGGCUAGGAGAUGGGAGACAUUCGCGAGAAACGCCGAGGAUUCGAAUCGGCCUGAAGAGAAAAAGAGGAUGGAGCUGGUGGGAGAACUGCAAGUGAAAUUGAAAGAAUACCAUGAAGCAUUGCUCCUUCAAUCUCAAAUCGCGAAUCUUGGCAGACCAAGCAAGCGUGUUCUUACCACAUUUCGCAACUGGUUCAGUGGAGAGAGUCAUCUCCGCAAUGGGCACAAAGGAAAGCCUAUCUUGGGAGGGCGAGCACAACAUAUGCUCGACGACGAGCAAGAUCUAGCGGCUCUUCGGCCACCCGUUGACAAUGACGCACUAUCACGCUUUUUGCAGGACCACUGGCCGCUCCAAGGUAGUGCUUAUCCAGACCCUAGAGACAGGACAAGGCACUUCGCAGAACAUCACGUCGUCUGGGCAGUUGCAACCAUCAGCGUCGUCUUUGCCGCCAUUCUGCUUAUUGGCGCCAUCACGAGCCUUUACUUCGUGACGAGCUCUGAGGCUAGAUUGGGCAUGAUCUCAGGCUUCACGGUCCUCUUCGCGGUCAGUGUCGGGCUUCUGACGAACGCCAAGAGAGGAGAAAUGUUCGCUGCAACCGCUGCAUACGCCGCCGUCUUGGUCGUGUUCGUAUCUGGGGACCUGGGAAAAACCACGAACCCCCCACCUAAAUGA